AUGACCUUGUGCACUACGGAGCAGCAGACCAGUCCCGGAAAGCCCGCCGUCAACGCAGAGGAGGGAGGUGGUGGGCCCCAAAUCUGCCGUGUAUGUGGGGACAAGGCCACUGGCUAUCAUUUCAAUGUCAUGACAUGUGAAGGAUGCAAAGGCUUCUUCAGGAGGGCCAUGAAACGGAAUGCCCGGCUGAGGUGCCCCUUCCGGAAGGGCACCUGCGAGAUCACCCAGACAACCCGGCGGCAAUGCCAGGCCUGCCGCUUGCGCAAGUGCCUGGAGAGCGGCAUGAAGAAGGAGAUGAUCAUGUCUGAUGCAGCCGUGGAGCAGAGACGGGCCUUGAUCAGGAGGAAGAAGCGAGAACAGACUGGGAUGCAGCCCCCGGGAGCCAAGGGUCUGACUGAAGAGCAGCGGACAAUGAUCAGGGAGCUGAUGGACGCGCAGAUGAAAACCUUCGACAUCACCUUCUCCCAUUUCAAGGAUUUCCGGCUGCCGGAGGUGCUCAGCAGUGGCUAUGAGAUCCCAGAAUCUCUGCAGACUCCAUCGGUGGAAGAAGCUACCAAGUGGAGCCAGAUUAGAGAAGAUCUGUGCUCAUUGAAGGUCUCUCUGAAGCUGCGGGGGGAGGAUGGCAGCAUCUGGAACUACAAACCCCCAGUGGCAGCCAGUGGGAAAGAAAUCUUUUCCCUGCUUCCUCACAUGGCUGACAUGUCAACCUACAUGUUCAAAGGAAUCAUCAACUUUGCCAAAGUCAUUUCCCACUUCAGGGACCUGCCCAUCGAGGACCAGAUCUCGCUGCUGAAGGGGGCUGCCUUUGAGUUGUGCCAACUGAGAUUCAACACGGUGUUCAAUGCAGAGACGGGGACCUGGGAGUGUGGCCGACUGUCUUACUGCUUGGAAGACCCUGCAGGUGGCUUUCAGCAGCUUCUGCUGGAGCCCGUGCUGAAGUUCCACUACAUGCUGAAGAAGCUGCAGCUGCACAAGGAGGAGUAUGUGCUGAUGCAGGCCAUCUCCCUCUUCUCUCCAGACCGCCCAGGUGUGGAGCAGCGCAGUGUGGUGGACCAGCUGCAGGAGCGAUUUGCCAUUGCCCUGAAGGCCUACAUCGAGUGCAAUCGUCCCCAGCCUGGCCACCGGUUCCUGUUCCUGAAGAUCAUGGCUAUGCUCACCGAGCUUCGCAGCAUCAAUGCCCAGCACACCCAGCGGCUGCUGCGCAUCCACGACAUACACCCCUUCGCCACCCCCCUCAUGCAGGAAUUGUUCAGCAUCUCGGAGAGCUGAGCGGCUGCCCCAUGGGUGCACCUCUGUGGCGCAGCCAGAGCCAAAGCCCUGGGGGCUGCCACUACUGGGGCUAGACAGAUGGACGCUGCUGAGAUCAGACCAGGCCCUACAGAUCCUGCCUUCUCGGGAACUCACGACAGCUCUGACGAUGCUGGCUAGAAUUCCUCAGGAGGGGCACAUGGGCCCCCAGCCCCAGCCCCCAGCUCAGUCUGUGGGAGCAAAGCCAUUGACCCUCAUAGGGAGAGUGCAUUGGCCCAGAGGUCAUGUCUAUCAAGAGAGGUGGCCACUGCCCCCUUAGAAAAGGCCCUGUGGUCUGGGGAUUUAGUGUCAUGGUAGGAGAGCAGAAAGGAUGACUGGAGCUGGGCCAUCUGAGGGGUCUGUGCCCACACCCAAGUUCAUUAGCUUCUUGGGCUUUUUCACGGCUAUUUCUAGUUCUCUUGUGUCCUACUUUCCACUCACUCUCAACUGCAGCCCCUGUCCUGAGUUGCUUGGUGAGUUCCAGGCCUGUGUUGAUCAGCAGGUAUAUUAGUGUCUAUGCGAAUAUUCUAGAGAGAAGCCAGAGAGCUUGCACAAAUGUCAGAAGCUUGUUGUGACCAUUCUGUGUCCACUCUUCCCUCCUGUAUCUCUGCAUCCAUCCAAACAUUAAGUACCAACACGAUGUGACCUGCUGUGUGAUAUACAUGCUUACCAGAUAUGGAUUCUGACCUUGGCUAGUUUAUACUCCGGUAAAGAAAACAAAGCAGAAACACAAGUAACUGAUCAAAAGGAGAAGUGACAAGUGAUGUAAGAAAUUUCUUUGUGCGGAUGUAAGCUAUGCUAGGGUACUGGGUGCACCUGAGGACUCAAGCAAGGGACCCCUGGAACACAUGAGGGUACAUGUGUGUGACUUGGUGAAGGUCUGCUCCACAUUUGAACAGGGGCUUGGGUUUGCUCCUGAGGCUGGGACACUGGGGCGCGGUGACAGGCUACGCCGACAGGCAGUUAAUAAAUGUGUUAGAUGUGUGUGUAAC